AUGGGACCGACCCUUGCCAGUUCGUUUCAAGCCUCUCAAAACACUGAUAGUCUGCCUGACACGUAUUUGGACGACGUGAUAAAAGACUUUACUAAUAUUUAUGAUACCCAACCUGAACUGAAAGCAUGCAAACGAGAGACUGGUUCACUACCGAGUAGUCUUCUAUCCCUAAUAAGCCUUGUUUUGGCCAUAUUGAAUGAAGAACAAGUGCCCGAGCUGGUACAGUCCCAUGAUGAAAGACAUAUCGUCACGGGUGAAACAAACUACGUACGGUCGGUGUCCCGUUUGGAUCAGAAUGAUGCAGAAAGUGAACCAACUGUCCCACAACCACCGCUUCCCGGUGAUAGUGGUUGCGUAGCCUGUGCGUUUGCACCGCAUAAUGGUGACACGUUACUCACCAUUCAUCGACCCACUAAAGUAAGUAUAUCAACAAUUUUAUUUUCUUGUGUAUUGCUACACCCUCACCAGAGAAACAAUGGAAGAAAUUGCACCUUAUAG